AUGAUGCCAAAUGGUAGAGCUAAUGGAGUGCCUAAGGCACAAGACGAUCGGGAUGAUAGGAUGGUGUUGGAAAUACCGAAUGAUGGAGCGGCGGCCAAUGGGCAAGAUGGAGAUAGGGUAUUUGAGGCAGCGAAUGAAGCAGGCGAUGAUGGAGAUGAAGAACUCAGGAUGCCGGAUCUCAGAUUGCCGAAUGGUUUCCAUCAUGAGGACGAUGAGGAUGAAGUGCCAGAGGAUCCGGACAAUUGGCGGAAGGUUCCUCAUCAGAGAGCGAAGUGUGGAGGGUGGAUGGUCACGAUUCACCGGAAGGUCCGCAUCAUCCAAUCCUAG